AUGGUCGCCGAAAUCAUCACCACCAUCUCCCCCACCACCAACAAACCCCUCCUGACCCGCCACGGCCUGUCACCGCACGAGAUCCUGCGCCUGGGCACCACUGCGCAAGCCGCUUUCAGGUCGUUCCGCGCCUCCCACCCGACCCUUCCCUCCCGGCAGCAGAUCGUGUCCACGGCCUUGCAGACGCUGCUGGCCAAACAGGAUGUCCUCGCCCGCGAACUCACCGAGCAGAUGGGCCGGCCCAUCGCCUACACGGCCAAGGAAAUUACCACGGCCGUCAAGAGGGCCGAGUACAUGAACCGUGUGGCGCCGGACGUGCUCGAGCGCGACGCCACAAUCCACGGUGAGGAGGAACACGGGUUCAAGCGGUACAUCACGCGCCGCGAUCCCGUGGGCGUCGUGCUGGUCAUCUUCGCCUGGAACUACCCCUACCUGAUCCUGGUGAACAGCCUGAUCCCCGCCCUGCUGGCCGGCUGCGCCGUGAUCCUCAAGCCGAGCCCUCAGACGCCCACCAUCGUCGAACACAUCGUCGACAUCUUCCAGAGUGCGGGUCUGCCGCCGAACGUCAUCCAGUACCUCCACUGUGGGAGUCCUACGGACCUCAAGCCCUUGAUCCUCUCCCCGGACGUCAAUCACAUCUGCUUCACGGGGUCUGUGGCGGCGGGAAUCGCCAUCCAGACAUUGGCGGCGUCCCGGGUGUCUUGUUCCGUGGGACUGGAACUCGGUGGGAAGGACCCCGCGUAUAUUCGCCCGGACGUCGACGCGGCCUGGGCGGCGGAAGAGAUCGUGGACGGCGCCAUCUUCAACUCGGGCCAGUCGUGCUGCGCCAUCGAACGCGUCUACGUCCACGCUGACAUCUACGACUCAUUCGUGAAGGAAGUCAAGAAAGUCCUAGAGGGAUACAAAGUCGGAGACCCUUUCGACAAAUCCACCCACGUCGGGCCCGUCGUUUCUUCCCGGUCGAAGGCGACGAUCGAGAAGCAAGUCGCGGACGCCAUCGCCGCGGGCGCCGUGGACGAGACGCCGCACAACGCGACAUUCAAAUCGCCCGCCGGGCCCGCGGAGGGCAAUUGGGUGGCACCCGUGCUGCUCACCCACGUGAACCACGGCAUGUCGGUCAUGCGGGACGAGACGUUCGGACCCGUCAUACCGGUGCAGAAAGUGUCGAGCGACGACGAGGCGGUCGCGCUGAUGAACGACUCGCAGUUCGGGCUCACGGCGUCCAUCUGGACGAAAGACACGCGCCGGGGCGAGGAGCUGUGCGGGCGCGUCGAGGCCGGCACCGUGUUCGUCAACCGCGCCGACUUCCCCAGUCCCGACCUCGCCUGGACGGGCUGGAAAGACAGCGGCAAGGGCGUCACCCUGAGCAGGUUGGGGUUCGAGCAGUUUGUCAAGGUCAAGAGUUUUCAUGUCAAGGAAUACCCCAAGUGA